AUACUGUACUGAAUCGACUUCGAUGCAAGUUUCUAAUUGUUUUAAAAUGACUUUUAGUAUUGAUACAAGUGUAACAAUGCCUUCCUCAACUCUCUGUUUAAAAUCAAGUGCAUCUCAAAGAGUUUCUUGAGUGCCCUAUUAGAUUUUUUACUGUAUUAUUUUAUCAUAAAUAUAUAUUUUAUUAUAUUACUUUAAUGUCAUACUUAAACCUGUCUUAUCAAUUCUGCUCAAGAUAAAAUAUACAUAGACAUAUUGCUUAGUAUAUUAGACGAUUGUUGCUUUUGAAAAGUGCUAUAGUUUCUGAGUUUAUAUAUUUCUUUCAAUAAUGGCUUCAAGUGACCCUGAAAUUCAUGAUGGCUUUACUUUACCAGUGUGGAUGAAAACAAAACCAGCCAAAGAAUUCGAGCCAUUUUCAACCUCACCGCCAGCGCCUGAAGAUUCAUUUUUCUACAUUCGAUAUCCAAAAACAGAUGCAUUGUUUGGCAAGCCGAAGCUUAACGAUGAUCUACCAAAGGUUAUUCAAGAACAGCAAAGGGACAUUUCGGUGUCUUUUAACAAAAUUAAAGAGAAGGACUGGUCUAAACAUACUAAGCCGUGCCAGGAUGUCUUACAUGGAAUAGCACCCAUCAAUACAGCAGCUAACCCAUUGAAUUUAAAGCCCAAACCGGCUGGUACAGACGAUGGCUUCAAAGGCGAAGGAGCGGCUUGCGGCACCUCAGUGCUCAAGGUCGCGAAUCAAAUGAUAUCUACUCGCGGGCCGCGCGGCUUCACUGUGGCAUCUCCAUCUGAUGAUGGACAGGAUACAUCUCGAUACAACUUGAUGGCCCGGCGUGGCAGCAAAAGCCUUCCAACGACGCCCAUGCACUCUCCACCUUCUAGCCCUAACAGCCGUCGCAAGAUGUAUAAUAACAGAUAUUUCACUUCUCCUUACGAACCAGUGGAGGAUGUCCACGGUCGGUCAUGGCUGACGAUGGCACUUAUGGGCUUUAAGAAAGACCUCACCACGUCCACUUCAACGCUCGCUGAAGAGGAUAUAGUGGAAAAUAGAUUACAUUCUGUCACACUCGCAGAGUCCGUCGAAAAUUUGGGCCCCUCACCGAAAACUAAGGAGCCGAAGAUAUUCAGCGAAACGUCUAACCCUUCCAAAUCUCCCAAAUCGUCCCAAGCGUUCCGUGCAAAACCUUCGGAGCUACGUGAAAUGAAUUUUUGGUCGCCGACAUCUAUGUAAGCUUAAAGAAUUUAAUGGUGUAAUUAUUUGAUGUAAUGAAUUGACCUGAUUGAUUCCGGUAGUUUUAAAAAGUCUAUUGUUAUGUGAACUUAUUAAAUGAAAUAUUCGUUGAAUACAGUUAUAUAAAUUUUUCGAUCUUAUAAUUCUGUGGUUGAUUGUAUCUGUGCUGAUUUUGAUUUAAAUUCCCUUGUGUGAAGUGAGUUUGUGGAUUACAUAUACAGAAUAUGGGGCUGAUUUUUUUGUAUUUCACCUUGAACAAUAUUCAGCAUAGAUUUAGAAUUAAAGUAUUUUUAAUUGAAAUUAAUUAGUAAAGUUAAGCUUUGAACGUUUAUGUUUGUAAACAGAAAUUUUGUUAAAAUUUGAUCGAUAUUUGUCUCGCAUUUUAUCUAACAGUAUUCAUGAACAUGAACAAAAUGGAAAAUAGACCAUAUUACUUAACUAAUCAAUUUCCUUUAUACAGUUUAUAGAGUGUAGUAUUAAAUGUAUGACAUAAGCUAACAUUAAAAUAUAAUGACUGGAAUUCGAUAUUCCACGAAUUCCAUUAAUCUAAGGAUUAAAAUCAUUUCCAUGUUACUAUGUUAGAUUCACCAGAAUUCAUUGAAUGUACAUCUUAAGCUAAAUAUAGGCAGUAUGUUUUGACUGUGAUCAAUUAUUAAGGUACAUAUUUUUGUAUGAAAAUCACUUCGAUAAGUUGAAUGGAUUUGUCUGAUGGCAAUCGUCUGGUAAAUGGAGACAAUCUCAGUAAUUAAACCGCCUUUGACCGAAUUUAAAACAUCUAAAGUGACGCGAAUUCAGACUAAAAUUCAAAGACAACUUUAAUUGCAUUAAUCCAACGUUUUAAAAUUUUUGUCAUUGAAUUUUAGAUUUUGAAUUGGUUCAUAUUUAUCUUUGUUGUGUGUGUAUUAUCAUGAGCAGAUAGGCUAUUCCGGAAAUAAUAAGAAAUGUAUUUCUAGGUUUAAUAAAUUUCUCUCUUCAA